UAAAAAAAGACAUUCGUAUGGUGUAAGUCAUUAUCAUACUUUCUACAAAUCGGUUCUUUCACAAAAUGGAAUCAAUCAAAAGUAAUUGGGACAGCGUUUGGAGCACUUGCAAUUUAACGGAAUUCCGUAAACGUAUAAACACGUGUUUUAAAUAUUUAAGCCUUAAAUCGUUCCAGAAACAAAGUGUCGGAGAGGAAAAUCAGUUCUUUCACAAAAGCAAAAUAUUAAAUAAAAACAUAUUCACGUCUAAUGAGAGUUUCAGGAGCUAUAAUUCUAGAUUAAGGAAUAUAUUCAAAUUCAACAAAAAAUUUCAAUCUACCGAAAAAAACUUCGAGAAUAUUCAAAAUUUUGAACUUAUCUCCAGUGUAUCAACUUCCACAUUGAAGAACAGCGAAGUAUCCGUUUCCACAAAUACACUCCAUAAUUUGGAAAAUACAAAAUCAACAAUGACUAUUAUGGAUAAUGAGUUUAUGGAUAUACGCGACGAAUUUCCUGAUUUGGAUAAUGAAAUUCGCAGCAUAUUGAUCGCACGUGCUUCUCAUGGUGCAACGAUUGCGCAAAUUAGAGACGAUUAUUUGAAGAUAACCGGUAUACGAUUUCCAGUUUUUGAUAACGUAACUGAAUUCCUGCUAACUAUACCAAGGAUCAGUGUCUAUGUUAAUGAAGUUGGAACGCGAAUUUUUAGUGCGUUGCCUUCCAACCAAACAAAACAUAUACACUCACUUGUCUCUAACCAAAAAAAUCUAAAUAUAUAUCAGCAUUCUAUAUCUUCCGAGUUGAGGAAUCGUUCUAGUCUCAAAGUAUGGCGUAAGCUGAAUUCUGACGUAUCUAAUUCAAACUCAUCGAACGACGAGCUUAGGAAAGAAGAUGAAGAAGAGUACAAUUACAUUUCAUCGGGUGAGGAGCGAAUCAGUGAUCCCGUCCCUGAAUCAGUUCGACAGUCUGAAAUUCCGAAAACAAACUCUGAUAUUAUAUGGAUAAACAAAAACUCUGUCAAAACAACAACUUCAGAUGUUCACGAAGUACAUACACAGAAUGAUACGUUUCAAGAUAAUUUGACCCAUCUCUUUAAUCGAUUCAACAUUAAUAAUUUGAACUCGAAAGGAAUUGAAAAACACCAGAAGGAUUCCAAAAAUCUUGAUGAAGCUAAUCUGCAUCAAAUGAAUCAACGGCGCCAAAAACAUUCUGAUUACCAAAAUUGGUGUCGACGUUUGCCAUCCAACUCGUUUAGUAGUAAAAAAACUGCAUCUGAUAAAGAAGAUUUGGAAAAUAUUGCUCGUCUUUUGGACUUCCCACUUUUGGGCGAUGACUUCUUGUUGUAUUUAGCAAAUAUGGAAACGUUUUGUAAACCGCAAAGAAUUAAUUCUAUUCUGCAAUCUGGUCAUUGUAUCUCUGGGCAGACAAUAAAAGCAGCCACAAAACGUAUACAAAAUUUACCAUACAUUGAGAGUAAUUUGAUUGUAAAUAUCGGUUCAGUGGACAUACUCAAAGGAAACACAUUGAUACAAAUCGAACAUGAUUUCCGACAACUCAUGAAUGCGAUGGUGAAAAGAAAUAUCAGACCAAUUCUGACAACAUUAGCGCCAUUGGCAAACUAUUCUCAUGAUACUGCUAUGAAAAUUAAACUGGAGCGUUUCAACGAAUUCAUUAAACGAGAAGGUCGUUAUUUAGGCGUAAUAGACAUAUGGUCCUGUAUGGUAAAUGAUCGGAAUCAUAUUGUGUAUGAGUGCUUUCAACAACAUCCAAGGAAUGUUUCAGGACUAUUGAAGCCAUUACUUCUGUGGAAUAAAAUUGGUAGGCAACGUAUAUUGAAAGCAAUUGAAGAUAAGUUGGAAUAUUGAGUACGACCACUAAAAUUUUCACUGUAAAAAUGUAAAUAAGUAUUUUAGAAAUUUUAAGAUAACUCCAUAUGAUGAAUAUCUUCUACACUUCAAAAAAUCUUAAUUAUCUGACACAACGCUGUUUUUAAAGGCUUUUUUUAUCGUUUC